CGUGUUGCUCUUGCAGUAGUAAUUGUAGAAUCUUUCUAUAUAAGGGAAUUGAAAUUCGAAGUAGAUAUUGUCGAAGCACUAAGGAGUAUUGGUGCUAAACAACCAAAAGGGACUAUCGGCAUUGUAGUGGGCCCGACUAUGGGUAAUUUUACACCCGGCGCAAUAAAUACGGUGCUAGAAAUAGCAGAACCACCGGAGCCAUCGGAACUAUUGGAACUAUUACCUACAUAUCCUAUCAUUGUGACCGAUAAGGCCCGGUUACCUAAAUAUUUAAUCAAUAUGGUUCUUGAUCGGUUACAUGAUGAACCUUAUACCUUCUCCCUCUUACCAUAA